AUGGAUAUAACGGAACGCCCAACAAUAGUUUUACAAGUACAGGAACUACCGAAAAAGCGUGUUACCAGGCGGAAGAACGAGCCUGCGCCAGCGGUAGAUGCGCAAGCGUCUCGGCUGCCAGCAGAAGCACCAAAGGCUAAAGAACCGCGCAAACGAGCCCCAUUUACAAAGCGCAAACCGCCAGCGCGAACACGCCGGAUUCCGCCUAGCAUCGAGCCGACCGGCCUGAAAAUAUUGGCCGACGCCGCCGCGCAGAUGGAAUACUUGGCGAAUGUCGCUGACAUCAAGAUGCCACAUCCACGAUAUCCGCCGGUCAGACCGGUUGCUGUUGUCGCCCCAUCUGGAGGACAGGAACUUCCGACAAGCACUGAACACUCGGCAGCACAGUCUGAUGAAGAUGGCGAUACCUACACUCUCUACGAUCUGGAUCAGCCGAUUCCUGAGGAAGAUCUAAUAGACCCGGAACUCGAGGUUGAACAGCCUUCGACAAGCCAAGGGCAUAGAUCCAGACGGGAGAUCUCUAUCGAUCGAAAAAGACAAGCCGCCUACGAUCGAGAAUUGGCCCCAAAGCGUAAUAGAAUCCCGGAGACGGAGUACGAGGACACUGAAGACGACGAGCCAAUCGAUGUCGAAUAUGAGCGGGAGGCGGAAAGCCCGCAUGGUGGAUCCCAGAACAGCCAAAGCCAGGAUUCUGACGACGAGCCGAUCGAAAUCGAAAGCCGACCCGAAUCACCGCAACCAGAUCCGGUGCUGAAUUGCAAAUGGAUCAAUUGUCAAUACUCGACAUUGGAUCAGGAUGAAUUCAUCGCCCACUUCCACGACCACCUCCAAGCGAUCAAGGACGACCCGACAAAGCCGUUUUGCUGUCGCUGGCGGGAUUGUGACCGGAAUACGCGUCCCUUCAAGGCCUACUACAUGCUCAUGAUCCAUUCACGCGUACACUCCCUCGAGCGGCCCUAUAAAUGUGAUCGCUGCUCGAAAAGCUACCGUCGCCCGGAGAACCUGCGAACCCACAUCAGCUCCCAACACACCCAUACUCCAAACUAUAAAUGCAAUAUUUGCACGAAGGCCUUCUACAACGCCUCCGACCGCAGCAAGCACGAAAAUCGGACUCAUGGAAAAACGAAAGAGUACGCGUGCCCCGAAUUCGGCUGCUCGAAGGCGUAUACCGACCCGUCGAGCCUGCGCAAGCACGUCAUCAACGCGCACGGCAAAACCGCCUACGAGCGCAUCAAGCUGAGCAAGACGAUGGACAGCCAGGGACGGUGGCAAAAGAGCCGCGUACCCUUCAGCAAAAGGCCACGCCCGCCCCCAGUUCGCCGCCCGAUGGAGCUCCAGCCCGAGCCGGAAGAGACCGGAGACGACACCGAACAGCGUGUACUCCACAUCGAAGAAACCAACGAAGACGUCGAAGCCGUCGACAUCGAGCCGGCCGUCGAGGAGCCCGAAGAGGAGUUCGACUCUGACGCUGAGGCUCGAAAGAUUUUGAUCCCGAAACUGAAGCGACAGUACUACGAGGUGGAAAUGGAUGGGAAGAUUGAGGAAGUGACGACGGGGUAUGAGUACGUGGAUGAGAGCCUUGCUAGGCCGGUGCCGCGGCGGGAUGCUUCGAUGCGGGUCACGGAGAUACAAGAAGCGGAAAUUGUUGCCGCGCAGGAUGGGGGCAAGGAGAAGCAAUUUGUGGUUAUCAAGGAUCCGGUGGAUGGAGAUGUUGCUCAUGAAUUCGUGGAGAUUGUUCCGGAAGAGGCUCCGGCUGUUGAGCGAAAAACGACGAGACCAAGGAGGUCAAAGGUUUCGGUUGCUUCCGGAAGUAAGAAGGUGCGCUCGCCUGAUGAAGCCGAUCCGGAAACGGACGAGGAACCAGAUAUCGCCAACUACCCCGUUGAAGCUGCCGUUCAGGAAGCCGUUCCGAGUACGGAGAAGGACCCUGACAAUGCCAACUUGCCAGUUGCGACUGAGGAGCACGAGGAUCAGGAAGCAAAUCCGGAUACGGACGAUGAACCGGAUAUCGCCAAUUACCCAGUCCAAGUUGACGAUGAUGACGAAGAAACGGAUCCGGAACCAGAUCCUGAUGAUUUUCCGGUUGAAGAAGCCGGAAAAGAUUCCGGAAUUCCGCCUCAGAGGCCAAUUUCUAUGCAGUCAGCCGGUGCUCGGGUUACACCGGAAUUGGCAGAGUCGGAAAAUCAGCCUGAGGAUGUCCAAAAUGAUGAUGAACAAGAUGAUCCGGAUACGGACCCGGAACCCGAUCCGGAUCAUUUUCCGGUUGAACCUGACUAUGAUGACGCCGUGCAACAGGACGAUGCUGAGGGCGAGGACACGGAUCCGGAACCCGAUCCCGAUAAUUUCCCACUUGACGACGGCAAUGAUACGGACCCGGAACCGAUGCCUGAACAAUACCCGACCAGCCCGGGACCACAUAACGGUUUGCAAAGACUGUCACUGCAGGACCCGCGCUGGAGUGGCAGCCAGCAUCCAGGGGACCGCACGCUCGACUUUGACAUGGCCCAAGAUUUCAGCAUGGGCGACCAGACGGCGGCUGAAUGGUCCCAGCAAAUGAACAUGGUCAGCCCGUCGUGGCAGCGCAUGCAGCCGUAUGAUCAGAUGCAGCAGCCUAUGCAUGGGCCGGAAGGACCUCGCCGUCACAUGCGCAUGGGCCCCGGGCAGAUUCAGUACGAGUUCACCGCCCGGAAGACGGUCACCUACCCGGGCCACAUGCCCAACUACCAGCCCCUAUACGCCCCGAUGGCCGUGCAGCGCUCCUCGCAUCUGGCUGAGCUGCCCAGUCGUCCAGCCAUGAAUGACGGGCCGAUCACCCAGUUCCAAGCGCUGCUCAUGGAGGUGAUCACCAACAGCGAGCGUGAGAGCAUUUUGCGACCGGGCGAAGUGGGCCCAUAUCGUCUGACGCCGUUCCUGAAGCAACAAGUCGCACUGACGCAGCGUGUGAUACCGCAUCUGUCCAAUGGAGAUUCAUUCUACCAUCGCUCGCAAAUGACUCAAAUGAUGCAAGCCGACGCAAAGCGCCGCAGUUUGGUGAUGCACCAGCAGCGCCGAGAAGCGCUCUUGGAUAGCUACAUGAAGAACCAGCAGAGCUUGGAUAAACUCCGGAAACCAUUUGAUCCGGAUCGCAUGACAGUAUGCAUGGAAGUCAGCCAUCAAUAUCACAUCGGCAUGCUAUCGCCGCUGAAGCCGCAGCCAGAGGGCACGGAUUCGAUCGUACGCGUAAUCGCUGAUACCGGUGCCAAUGUUGUAUUCCCGGACCGAGAAGAGAGUUCGGCGGUCGAUUCCACGUCCCGGCAAUACAUCGUAGCCGGCAUAGGCAAAGAGAGCUCGCAGAAAUUCCGGAACCAGAUACUCAUUUCCGGCCGUGCGCAAUGCGUCAACGAGGCCAGGAAGCGGAUCCGUGCGCUCACACCGGUCGUCGUCUAUUUCCCGGUACCCGAUGGACGGCACAAGUACACGUGUGAGACCCUGCGCGAUUGCAUUGAGAAGGCCAGGGCAAUCGGAUUUUUGAGCAACGUCACCGUCGACAUUCAACUAAUGGCCGUCGAACAAUCGGCUGAUUUAAACGACCAGCACGCAGCCGACGAUGAACCGUCCGGUGUCGUCGUGCAAGUGCAUGGACGUUUUGGUGAUUUGCGCGCAAUUGAUGAUGCUUGCGAAUAUAUUCGCUUGAAAAUCUUCGACACUGAAGAAAGGGAAAGAAUCACCUUCUGCUCGCAGAUCGAAGUCGGCUUUGCUCAGUGUAGCAUGCUUCAAACCGCCGGCUCGAAGCUGGGAAAGCUGAUCUCGCAGGCGACUCGCGCUGCUCUGCACUUUCCGCGGCAACCCGAUCAAAACUCGAACUCAACACUCUUUUGCACGGCGCAAUGCCAGAAAUCAGUGCUGAAGGCUGUGGAACACCUGAUGGCCCUUUCCCCGCUGCAAUUGUUGGUUGAUGUAUACCAGUCCGACGUGCGCAAGACAGGAUGCGAGUUCGACUUCCGUAAUAAUUGGAUAGAACAAUACGUCUCCAUCUUCACUACCGGCAGUGACUAUCAGCCAAAGGGAGCACUUGAGUGCGAGAAGAAAUGCGUGUUCUUUGCGUUUGCCACUGUGGAAAUCAACGCGGCGGAUCUUUUUGGGCUUGCACGAAGCUACUUCGACAAGCGCCUCUUCCACGGAAUCGAUAUGCUCGAAUUUCCAACGGUGCCACACCUUGAGAAUCUGAAGUGUGCUUCCCGCGAGCACAUUGGACUUCUGCGCGUAGCGUGCGCUGCUUUUCCAAUGGAAGCGUUCGCAACGCCGAAAGAUCCAGAUGAAGAAAUGGCCCGGGAGGGAGAGCAUGCACUGCGCAAAGAUUAUAUGAGCAACCAUUCGCGCUCCCAUGAUGGCGGUCACUAUGGCCAGGGUCAAGGAUCGACAAGCUACAACAGGAACUAUGGAAACAAUUUCGAGCGCCGCUCCAACUUCAACAGACAGGGCAGCUUCAAUCGUUACAAUGGCAAUGGUGGCGGAAUGAGAAAGGACAACUUCCCGCGUCGCGACAGCUACUAUGCCGGAAGCAACUAUCAGAACCGAGGAUACGACUACAACAACAAGAUGAGCUACAACCAGAGUGACUUUUAUCAUCGCGACGCUUAUGGAAGCAACCGCAAUCGCCGGAACUUUCCCACUGAGCCAAACCUCUACGAAAAUACGUCACACCGCGACUGGAACUCUGCCAAGUACGCAAGCGCCAGCUACAAUAACCUCGCGGAGGCACAUCAACAACAGCAUCAGUACAGUCGCCAGCCGAGCUACAACAACGGUCAUAGUCAAACCAGGUCGAACAAUUCGCACGUAAACAGCUACCCGAGUAAUCUGAACAACUCGCGCAACUCGGAACAAAACCUGCGUCGUAUGCAGCCGCGCCAUCAUUCUGGAGAAAGAAUGCGAAAUGAGCACCAUCAGCGGUACUACAAUGAUCAGCCCAAAAUGGACGGGGCGGCGAAUGAAAUCCGACGCAUUCCGAGUGAGGAGUUCCCCCGUGCCCAGCCGGAACCCGACGAGCGAGCCAAGACGUCGAAAAUAUCGCUGCAGCUCAAGGAUACUACAGAAUCGCCGAAUGUACAGGCCAUGCAUCACAAAGUAGGGGACCGCGUCGAUUACAACCGUGCGCGCCCGGUCCGAUACGACACCAAGAAGCAGUUUCCCAACACCCGCAAAACAGGUGAUUCACGCGCUUCCGCAUAUGGCGCCUUUCCAGCAAUUCCAACUCCGCGAUACGCAAGGGAGGACCACAGCGAUUACGAGGACAACAAGGAGAACCGAACCAGGACACCGACGCAGCGCUCGCCUACCCUUUCGCCAACAAGCAUGACCAGCUACGCCGAAGUGACGGCGGCCAACAAGACCGGAGAACGGAUGCCGCCUAUGGAAUUGAUCCAGAAAGCCUCUACCGGACAACAUCUUCGCGAGAUGCCCCACGAGCUUCUGCAAGACGACCGCGAAGACAUGGGGCAGAGUGGUCAAGACACGCGCACCUAUGCGCAGAUCGCAGGAUCCAACGAACCGAGGAAGCAGGGUUAUAACCAUCCGAACCAAGUCGACUCGCCGAGUGAUGAGUCUUAUCAGUCGGCGUUCGCGAUGGAGGGCGGCGGUCAUCGUGGCGCUGGACCCGUCUCGCCAAGAGCCUCCACCUCUUCCCCUCCAUCGCCCUUCCAUUCCAACGCCCAAAUGCCCCAUCUUCGUCGUUCGACUCCAUAC